AUGACUCCUAGUAGUAACAACCUCAUUCUCCUUCUAAUACUCCCCUUUUUCUUCCUUCACCCUUCUUUAGCAUAUCGAAUGAGACCGGCAUUCGAUAAUUCCCUAUCACCAUCAUUGUUGUCGUCGUUGUUGUCAUCAUCCUCAUCGAUACAAAGAUUUAUAAAUGUAAGAAAUUUUGGUGCAAGAAAUGAUGGAAAGACGGAUGCAACAAAAGCAUUCCUUGAUGCAUGGGAUGCUGCUUGUUCUUCGACGAAUCCAUCCAUUCUAUACGUACCAAAAGGAGAAUAUUUGUUGAAACCAUUGCAAUUUGAAGGAAAUUGUAAGAGCUCAAAAAUUGUGUUCCAAAUUGAUGGAACCCUAGUUGCUCCUAAUGAUUAUAGAGAGAUAGCUUCAAGUCAUCAUUGGAUUAUGUUUCAUGGAAUAAAUGGCCUUCAUAUUAAGGGUGGUGUCCUAGAUGCUAAGGGUAAGUACUUGUGGAAUUGUAAGGCAUCUAAUCAACAAUGUCCCGAUGGGGCUAAGACGUUGGGGUUUGAUAACUCGAAGAACAUAUUCAUUGAUGGUUUGACAUCAAUUGACAGCCAAAUGUUCCAUGUUACUAUUAAUGCAUGCCAAAAUAUAAAGAUAACAAGGAUGACAAUUACAGCACAUGCUGAUAGUCCUAAUACUGAUGGCAUUCACAUAGCCUUUUCAAGCGGAGUUACAAUAUUGGAUUCAAAUAUUAAGACGGGUGAUGAUUGCAUUUCAAUUGGUCCAAAUAAUCAAAACUUAUGGAUCGAAAACAUACAUUGUGGUCCAGGCCACGGUAUUAGUAUAGGGAGCCUUGGACGUGAAAAGUCAGAAGAAGGUGUAAUGGUCCAAAAUGUGAUGGUGAAGUCAGUAACAUUCACAGGAACAUCUAAUGGGCUGAGAAUUAAGACUUUUUCAACUUCAGUCAAUGGAAGAGUUAAGGACAUAUUUUUCUUGGGGGCCCGAAUGAAUAAUGUCCAAAACCCAAUUAUCAUCGAUCAAAAUUAUUGCCCUCAUAAUAGUUGCCCUACUGGCCAGGGAUCAGGCAUACAAAUUAAUAAUGUCGUAUACAAGGGGAUUCGUGGUACAUCAGCUUCUAAAACGGCCUUGAUCUUUGAAUGUAGCUCCAAGAAGCCUUGUGUAGGAUUAACGUUGCAAGAUAUUAAACUCUCGUAUCGUAACGAGAUUCCUGAAUGUGAAGGUGAAAAUGCCUAUGGAAAAGUUAUAGGGUUUAUGCAACCUUCUAAUUGUCUAAGACACUGA